CCGCCGGAGCGCGGGUGGAGGGGGGCGGGGAGAGCUGCCGGCCGCCCCGCUCCGCGGAGCCCAGCAGGAAGAAGGGCGCGAGCGGGCGAGUGCAGGCGGCACGAGCGGAAAAAGCGCCCGCACGGGGGAACGAAAAGAAGGAAAGAAAGAAAGAAAACGAGCGCGAGAAGGGAAAAGCGAGCGAUUGAGCGAGCGCGCGCGCGAAAACUCCCGACAGCACUUUCAUUUGGACCCUUGGAUGCCCAUUGAACAGAUGCUUGAGAACUGCAAGUAAUCUUCAGAUUGUAGCAUAACUAUAAGGCCUGUCCUCUGUGUGGGGAGGAGAUCACCCAUGUGCUGUGGAAAUGAACGGGGAGCAGCAGAUUGAUGCAGAUGCUGGAUCUGGAGUGGAAGAAGUGGAAUUGAGCUGGGAAGACUAUCUAGAAGAGACAGGGUCCACAGCAGUUCCCUACGGGUCUUUUAAACAUGUGGACACACGUUUGCAAAAUGGAUUUGCUCCUGGGAUGAAACUGGAGGUGGUUGUGAAAACCAAUCCUGAAACCUACUGGGUUGCCACCAUCAUUACCACCUGUGAGCAGUUGCUCCUCCUCCGCUACGAUGGCUACGGGGAGGACCGGAGAGCAGACUUCUGGUGUGACAUCAGGAAGGCUGACCUCUACCCCAUUGGGUGGUGUGAGCAGAAUAAGAAGACCCUCGAAGCCCCGGAAGGAGACAUACCUAAAUGGAGAUAUUCUGAAAGAAUAAACAUAAAAGGAUGGACAAAGAUACAUAGACAAAUGCAAAUAGAAAAGAAAGCAGGAGUCUCAGUCUUGAUAUCUGACAAAGGUGGAAUUCAGAUCAGAAAGCACUGCAUCAGAGAUAAAGUGUCUGAUCGGGAUGAGUUUCUGCGGCAGACCCUGAUGGGAGCAUGUAGUCCUCCUGUUCCGCUGCUAGAGGGCCUCCGUAAUGGGAGGAAUCCUUUAGAUCUCAUUGCUCCAGGUUCCAGGCUGGAAUGUCAAGCUUUCCAGGACUCUUUAAGUACUUGGAUUGUUACUGUAGUAGACAACAUCGGGGGAAGGCUGAAGCUGCGUUAUGAAGGACUUGAGAGUUCUGAUAAUUUUGAACAUUGGUUGUAUUACUUGGAUCCGUUUCUUCAUUAUGUUGGUUGGGCUGCUCAACAGGGAUAUGAGCUUCAGCCCCCAUCAGCCAUCAGACAUCUGAAAACUGAAGUUGAGUGGCAGGAGAUCUUGGCCAAAGUGAAAGAGGAGGAGGAAGAGCCAUUACCAUCUUACUUAUUUAAGGAUAAACAAGUGAUCGGCACUCAUUCAUUCUCUGUAAAUAUGAAAUUGGAAGCUGUGGAUCCCUGGUCUCCUUUUGGGAUCUCUCCUGCUACAAUUGUUAAGGUUUUUGAUGAGAAGUAUUUUCUGGUGGAAAUGGAUGAUUUGCGACCAGAGAAUCGUGCACAGCGAUCCUUCGUGUGUCAUGCUGACAGUCCUGGUAUUUUCCCUGUGCAGUGGGGUCUGAAGAAUGGUUUACACAUCAGUCCCCCUCCUGGCUACCCAGGCCAGGACUUUGAUUGGGCCGACUACCUCAAACAGUGUGGUGCUGAAGCUGCUCCCCAGAGGUGCUUCCCUCCGUCAAUUUCUGAGCAUGAAUUUAAGGAGAACAUGAAGCUUGAGGCAGUGAACCCUCUUCUCCCUGAAGAAGUGUGCGUUGCCACCAUUACUGCAGUGAGAGGCUCCUACCUGUGGCUCCAGUUGGAGGGUUCUAAGAAACCCAUACCUGAAUUUAUUGUGAAUGUGGAAUCCAUGGAUAUAUUUCCUUUGGGCUGGUGUGAAACCAAUGGCCAUCCCCUCAGCACUCCUCGCCGAGCACGAGUACACAAACAGAGGAAAAUUGCAGUGGUUCAACCAGAAAAACAAGUACCAUCCUCAAGGACUGUCCAUGAGGGUCUGAAGAAUCAGGAGCUGAGCUCCACAGACUCAGUUAUGAUUAAUGGAAAAUAUUGCUGUCCAAAGAUAUACUUCAACCACCGUUGCUUCUCAGGGCCAUAUCUUAACAAAGGAAGGAUCGCUGAGCUGCCUCAAUGUGUGGGACCUGGGAAUUGUGUCCUGGUCCUCAGAGAGGUCCUCACUUUACUGAUCAAUGCAGCCUAUAAACCCAGUCGUGUCCUUCGGGAGCUGCAGCUGGACAAAGACUCUGUGUGGCAUGGAUGUGGGGAAGUCCUCAAGGCCAAAUACAAAGGAAAGAGUUACCGAGCUACUGUCGAGAUAGUGAAAACAGCAGAUCGGGUGACUGAAUUCUGCCGGCAAACCUGUAUCAAACUGGAGUGCUGUCCUAAUCUCUUUGGUCCACGGAUGGUUCUGGAUAAGUGUUCAGAGAACUGCUCUGUACUUACGAAGACUAAAUAUACACACUACUAUGGAAAGAAGAAAAAUAAAAGAAUUGGGAGGCCACCUGGUGGGCAUAGUAACUUAGCAUGUGCCCUGAAAAAAGCGAGUAAGAGGAGAAAGAGGCGAAAAAAUGUUUUUGUUCAUAAGAAGAAACGCUCCUCUGCAUCUGUUGAUAAUACCCCAGCGGGCUCUCCCCAGGGAAGUGGAGGUGAAGAUGAGGAUGACCCAGAUGAAGGGGAUGAUGAUUCCCUAAGUGAGGGCAGUACAUCUGAGCAACAGGAUGAGCUACAGGAAGAGUCAGAAAUGUCAGAAAAAAAAUCAUGCUCCUCCUCUCCCACCCAAAGUGAGAUAUCCACAUCACUGCCUCCAGACAGACAGAGAAGAAAAAGAGAGCUUCGCACUUUUUCAUUUUCUGAUGAUGAGAAUAAACCUCCUUCACCAAAGGAAAUAAGGAUUGAAGUUUCUGAAAGGCUUCACCUGGACAGUAACCCCCUGAAGUGGAGUGUGGCGGAUGUUGUGCGGUUCAUCAGAUCCACCGACUGUGCUCCCUUAGCAAGAAUAUUCCUAGACCAGGAAAUUGAUGGGCAGGCCCUGUUGCUCCUUACCCUUCCCACCGUUCAAGAGUGCAUGGACUUAAAACUGGGCCCUGCCAUCAAACUUUGCCAUCACAUAGAGAGGAUCAAGUUUGCUUUUUAUGAACAGUUUGCCAACUGAGAAGGACAACCAAAGUGAGCUGUAUCUUUGAAGCACAAAUGCAGCAAAUCCUUCGCCCUGCUCUACAAGUGGAGCUGAAAUAGUCCUGGGGCUCUGGGCCCUGCAGGUGUCGGCUUGCUCUCUUUGCACUUUCAGGGAAGGAGGACCCACACUUGAGUAAGCAAAAACUGCACAGAAGUGGCUCUCCUGCCAGUGAAAAUGUGGGCAUCUCUUGUUCAGCAGAUUGCAGUUUUAAAAAAGUAAAGGUUGUGAAGAAAAGACUCAUAUAAGAAGAAUAAGCAUUUCCACUGGUGUGGCCUGAAAACGAAGAAUAAUCUAGGUUGCUGCAAAGCACCCUUUUGGUUUUCUUUUUGUUCUUUCUGUUCCUUCCCAUUCCUUCCCACUGUAGAUUGAACUUUGUUCUCUGCUUUCUCUUUCUUGGAAAGAGAGAACAUAGCUUUAAGUCAGCACUGAUUUGGGACUGUGCCUAAGGCACAUCAGUGCUUCAUUGUCAUUGUGUUUUUUAAGCUUUUUUAAAUUAAAACAGUUCAUUUUGGGGAUGAUUAUGUGGCUCUAGGGUUUUGAAUGUACAGUCACACUUUGAUCCAUUUUAAAAUCUAUUCUUAGGAGUUCCUUUGUUUACUACCUCUGUUGAUAAUUGAGCUUAUAGCCAUGUAUGAGGUUGUUUUAAUGAUACCAUUUUUAAGCUACAUGAACACUAAAACUAUGACAGAGUUGGAGGAAAAAAAACACUGUUUGCUUUCUUAAAAAUAAUGUGUGGCACUUAACACCAAUUCCUUAACUGACUGAUCUAAGAACUCUACUGUCAUUGUUUUGCAUCUUGAGCCAGGUUGGGCUGCCUGUUUCAAGUAGUUCAAAGAUUGUUGCUAUUUCAGUUGAAUUGCUUUCUCCCUAUUAGUUCUCGAAGGGACUUCAGAGGCUUUUAUUUUGUGUUUACUUUUCUCUACAGUUGUUUGCUUUCAUUUUGAGAGUCCUCACUUGGGGUAAAAAUCAGUAGGUGUUCCCUGGACCCACAGUAAAGCCCAUUUCCCCAUCUUUCUCGGUGUCUCCAGGCAGAUAGUGUAGAAGCACAACAGAGAAAAUAAGUUUUAGGAGAGGUGAUGCAGAGCAUGGCAUUUCCGUCACAGUAUGUCCUCAGUGGCUGGAUAAAGAUUGAGAGAUGGUUAAGGAUUCUAGAAAUGUCUUUGCCUAGUCACGUUUACUCUUUCUUUGGUUAAACCUUUAAAUUGAAUGUAUUCUACGGUCAAUUCCCACUCAACAACUCAAGUUUUCUUUUAGGUGUUUCUUUUGACCCAGCUCAAGUUGGUAUUAAACAGGCAAAUUUUCACUUAUGAUUGCACUGUUAGCUAUUAUAGAAUAAUAGCAUUUGCUGUACUGUUCCAGCCAUGUGGAAUGAGGAAAGAUACAUAGGUUGCUUCCUUUAAAUGGUUUGCUUUGCUGAGUGUGUGUGUGUGUGUGUGUGUGUGUGUUUUAAUUAUCCUAGUUACCUGCAAAUAUAUAACCUAAUCAUUCCUCUUCAAGAUUUGAAAAUGUUUUAAAACUACAAACUGGGUAAAUUCUAAACAGCUAUACAAAUAUAAGGUAAUUUUAUUACAAAUUUAAACUGAUUGUGAUUUUUUUCCUUUUCUUCCCCCGCUGCCCCACGUGUUUUUAUGGACCUUGGCAAACAUUUGUAGUCUGAAUCUUCUCUUCAUUGGAUAAUUUAUGAACCACCUUAACUCAGGCCCUCCAACCAAACCAUAUAUUAAAGCAUCAACUCUUUGCUUAGGUUACUACCAGAUAUACCUGGAAAGACGCUUCAUUUAAGUAGAAGUUAGUAUGUUUGAACUUAUCGGAGAUACAGUUUUUAAAGUUUUGAUUGAUUCUAUGCCCCUGGAAGAGAAGCAUAUAUAGGAUGCUUGGGAACAGUUAGCAUUAAGUAGA